CGGGGCUUUGUUCGCGGAGCAGCGUCAGCAGCGAUGUCCGGCCGGGGCAAGCAGGGCGGGAAGGCGCGCGCCAAGGCCAAGUCGCGCUCGUCGCGGGCCGGGCUGCAGUUCCCCGUGGGCCGCGUGCACCGGCUGCUGCGCAAGGGCAACUACGCGGAGCGCGUGGGCGCCGGCGCCCCGGUGUACCUGGCGGCCGUGCUGGAGUACCUGACGGCCGAGAUCCUGGAGCUGGCGGGCAACGCGGCCCGCGACAACAAGAAGACGCGCAUCAUCCCCCGCCACCUGCAGCUCGCCAUCCGCAACGACGAGGAGCUCAACAAGCUGCUGGGCAAGGUGACGAUCGCGCAGGGCGGUGUGCUGCCCAACAUCCAGGCCGUGCUGCUGCCCAAGAAGACUGAGAGCCACAAAGCCAAGAGCAAGUAAACCAGGCGAGGGAAGCGUCCCGAGCCCAGAGGCGAAACCCAAAGGCUCUUUUCAGAGCCACCCACAACCUCGAGAAAGAGCUUGAAAUGCUGCGGAGGGGGCGCCGGGGGGAAGAAGGGAAGAGAAGGGAAGGGAAGGGCGCCUGCGUUUGUCCUUGGGUGCGUGUGUGGUUUGGAGUGUCUUUCGUGUACCCAGCCCUGGCCGGUUCUGCCGGAGCGCUCAGGCGCGGCCGGGCUGUCUGCGUUUUACUCCCGGGCCGGGAUCGGUCGGAGCACUCUGUUCCCUGUGCUGUUCGGGGACGAGCGCGGGAGGAAGGGGAGCGCGGGCUCCGCCGGGCGCGGGAUGUCCCGGAGCCAAUCGUGGCCCGCGCGCUCUUUUGGAAAUCGCGCGGGCGCUUAACCCUUCUUGGACACGGGCCCGCGCUCCCGCGGCCGCCACUGCCGCCCGGCAGAGUGAAGAGCCUCCUCUGCAGCGUUGCUAUAGUCCCUGGAGCUAAUUGCCCAGUCCCCCCUUUCAGACACGAGCGGGAAUGAGAAAAAGAAUAUAGCGCGAUGUCUUGUCAUAGACAACUUAAGGAUCGCUUAUCUUUUUAAAGGAAAGCGUAUUUUACUCUUGGCCUGGACAGGUUUUGUUGGGUUUCUCUACUCACCUAAAGGCGGCUGGAGGACAGCAGCCCAACAGGCCUGAAGCAGGAGGAAAGCAAGCUUUAACGUUAAAGGAACACUAAAGAUCAAGCCAAGAAUGACCACUAAAAACACAGCAACACAGCUCUUUUAAAUGAAAAUGUGGGUGGCUCUUAGAAGAGCCUUUGGGUUUUUGUCGCAGUGGUACGGUAAGAGGAAAGAGCUUUAACCACCGAAGCCGUAGAGCGUGCGACCCUGGCGCUUGAGGGCGUAGACCACGUCCAUGGCCGUGACCGUCUUCCUCUUGGCGUGCUCCGUGUAGGUGACGGCGUCGCGGAUCACGUUCUCCAGGAACACCUUGAGCACGCCGCGCGUCUCCUCGUAGAUGAGCCCCGAGAUGCGCUUGACGCCGCCGCGCCGAGCCAGGCGGCGGAUGGCCGGCUUGGUGAUGCCCUGGAUGUUGUCGCGCAGCACCUUGCGGUGGCGCUUGGCGCCGCCCUUGCCGAGCCCCUUGCCGCCCUUACCCCGACCAGACAUGCUGCCGCUAGCGCUAUCACCAGCCCCGCUGCUGUGACCCAGCGCCGCCCGCGCCGCGGCCUUUAUGCGGCGCGGUCCGACCUGGUUGGGAGCAGGGGCGGGCUCGGCGGCCGGGGGCCGGGCCUGCGCCUCCGCCCCUUUCGCCGCUCGCCAGCACCGCCCCGGGGUCCCGGCCGCCUUCCCGCGCCUGUCCCCGCCUCCGUCUCUGCCCCCCUCCCUCCCCCCUGCCUCGCUCAGAAUCCCCCAGGCCCUCGGCUCCCCCGAACAGCUUUCCCCGGCUUCUUCCCCUCUGGCCGUGGGGAGAAUGCAGAAAGCUUUUUUUUUUUUUCCCCCCUGAUGUUUCGGCAAUGCCACUGCACAGGGAGCUGUCGGUCUUUAGGCCUCCGCGUAUAGAUGUUAAGGCCACGUUGACUAUAUCGUCUCACUUCUGAGGUUGUAUUCAGGCAUUCGAUAUACUGAGAACCAUCUUACAAAUAUAUGACCUUCUGGGUCAAUUUCAUGACCUUAGGGCAGAAUUUGUCUUAUAUAGUCUGAAGCAUGAGGAACAUUAUGCCUAAGUGUUCACCUUAGACCAGAAGGAAACGUGUGUUUUUCCAGAAGCAGGCUAUACCUGAUUCUCAGCAUACUGUAUCAGUGGCAAUUUGCAUAGGGCUUUUUCAGCAAUAAACUGAAGAUGCUUUAUUUUCUC